CAAAAGACAGCGGCGAGUUUGCAAGCCAAUCAUGGAAGUAGAGGGAUCAUCGAAGCCAAUGAUAGCAACGCAGGCAGAGAUGGUGGAGGCGAGGGUGCCCAUCUCCUACAGAGACCAGUGCGCUCAUCUGCUGAUCCCGCUCAAUAAGUGCCGCCAAGCGGAGUUCUAUCUUCCAUGGAAGUGUGAGAAUGAGCGUCACGUUUAUGAGAAGUGCGAGUACGAGCUUGUCAUGGAGAGAAUGCUCAAAAUGCAAAAGGUCCGCGAGGAGGAGGCCAAACUCAAGCAGGCCCAGAAGCAGGGAAUCCCCAUCCCUCUUAUCCCCAAAACUGCCAAUGCCUAGCUUUUGCAACACAUCAAGUUCCUUCCUUCUUUUUCUUCUUUCGUGCUUUCAAAAUUCGCAGAGAGAUGGAUCAUCCAGCGCCCCUGACCAUUGACGGUGGAAAAUGGAAGUAAUUUGGGAGUGUUUAUAAUUACACAAGACACAAGUAACAGACUCCUUAAUACUUUAAUGGAGUUUCAUCAACUGUGCAACGUUGUUUUAUGUUUAUGGAAUAAAAUCAUUUCUGCCA